AUGGUCCAGAACCUCGACAAGAAGAGCAAGAGCUUGGCGGAUGCUCGUAAGACCGAGGCCAACCUGGCCAUGAUGCACGGCGACGGCAACUCGGCGGCGGGCGCGGGGCGCGGGCCCAAGCUGCCGACGCACGACUCGGAGUCGCCGGACGCGGCGAUCACGAACUUUCUCCUCUCGAUGCGCGAGACGAUUGACGCGCGGGGCGUUGGCGCCGAGGUCGAGGUCGAGCUGCGCUUUGGGCGGAUCUCGUCGACCGCGACGACCAAGCGCUUUGAGCCAUCGGUGUACGGCAAUGCGUGCGUCGUGCUCCGCGACGAGGACAUGCGCUCAAACAGCGCCAAGUUUGUACCGGGCGUUAAAGCCGCCGACUACGAUCGCUUCAUGAAGAAGCUGCAGCAGAUAUCGAGUCAGGACUCGUACGCCAAGCACGAAGAGCACUCGCGCGUCGAGAUGUACCCGGGCUCGAAGCGCGUCGUGCAAGAGAUGGACCCGAACGGAAGGCCGUCGCAGCCCAAGUACCUCCAGGUCAAGGAGCGUCUCGGAAGCAUCGACAUCUUCUUGCCGCACUGCCAGUACGACUGCCGCGUCUCGAUCUCGCUCGAGUUUCCGCCCUCGGACCCAUCCAGCGUCGUCGGGUCGGCGCCCGAGAGCGAGCGAAACCGGCAGCGCAAGUCGGCAAUUGGCCAGCACGUGCGCAUCGACUUGACCGAAGUCUCGGGCGACGGCAGUAGCGGCGAGCCCACGUACGAAGUCGAGUUGGAGCUCAAGCCCAAUGCGGUCAAGGAGUGGCUCAACAUGGCCCAUGAACAGACGUGGGUGGGCGCCAACACGAACGCGGGCUUGCUCUGGAACACGCUCACGCGGCACUUUAUGCCGCACGCGAGCCAAGCGUACAAGGUCAACUGGGACGUCAUGGACCCGGAGCACGCGGUCCGCAACGCCUAUCUCUCGCACUUUGACCACGCCAACAAGUUUCCCGGUACCAUGCCGGUGGGGUUUGCGCGCUGCAAUCUCCCGGUCGUCCGCGCCCGCGACCGCGAGUACUUUGUCUCGGAAAAGACCGACGGCGUCCGGUACUUUCUCGUGGUUGGCCCUGGCGUCGUCGUGCUCGUCGAUCGCUCGAGCUUUGCGUUCGUCGCCCCCGGUCUCGAGUCGCUCGUGUCGCUCCUACCGGAGGGCACGGUCCUCGACGGCGAGUAUGUGUUCAACUACACGCUCAAGCGCUACGUCUUUAUGGUCUUCGACAUCAUCGCCGAGGGCUCGCUCCCGAGCUUAAGCCACGUGCGCAAGCCGUUCAAGGAACGCAUCCUUGCGAUCCAGACGCUUCUCUCGGAAACGAAGCUACGAGCGCGGCAUGCGCGCCAUGCCCCUGGCAACGUUCUCCCGCUCUUCCGGAAGCGCUGGCAGUCGGUGCGCCAUAUUCGCGAAGUGUUCAAAGCUAUCAGCGCACACACGGACAAUGGAACGGGCGAGAUCGUCCGCUUCUACAACGACGGGAAGCGCCACCACAAGACGGACGGUGUCGUCUUUUGCCCCGGCACGGCGCCGUACGUGCCCUUCUCUCAUCACGACUACUUCAAGUGGAAGUGGAGUGACUUGAUCACGAUCGACUUUUUCGCGUGGAUCGAGAACGGCCAGCUCAAACUCAAUUGCUCGGGGCCUGGCAAAGCGAUCGACCUGGACCAGAUUGUGGUCGUGGACCCGCGCGACCUCAAGAAGAUCCAUGCGACGCUCCAGAACGCCCCCAACCACCAAGCCGUGCUUGAGUUUGCGUUCAACGCGGACGUGGGCUACUGGCAGUUUAAGAUGGCGCGCCCGGACAAGGACACGCCCAACUACAUCCGCACAGUGCUCUCGAGCCUCAUCAACAUGGCCGAGGCCAUCUCGGAAGAAGAGCUGCAGUGCCGCAUCCUCGUCGGCGACGAGUGGAGCAGUCAAAUGCGCGCCAAGCGCAAGCAGCUCUUUGCGUCGCUCUUGCACGCAGGCGGGACCUCGUAG